ACUGCGAUUUUGAGGGGUGGGGCUGCUCCUUUUUGCAUAGUUUAGCUAUAAAGCUCCUAUAAAGCUGCUAGCUAGCUGUAAUUUAGUAUUGGAAGUACACCCAGGUCUUAAUUGGCUCCCAAGGACGUCUCUUUCUAGCUACAUGUACUAGAUGUAUACACCUUAUAGAUUGAUCAGCCUAAAUUCGAUAAUCUUGUCCUGACAUCACUAAUGGCAGCACAAGCGGAUAUUAAAGGGUUACUAGAACGUUCUGACAGCCUCUUCGAAGAGAGGAAAUUUACGGAAUCGUUUGAUUUGCUCGCCCCGCAUGCAGAUGGUAGCUCUGAUGAUCCUGAGUUGCUAUGGCGAGUGGUCAGAAUGUACUUUCGCAAGUAUAAAGAUGCACUGUCUACAGACAAGAAGGAAGCGGAACAACUUGCAAAGAAAGGAUUUGAGAUUUCAAAGAAGGCGGUGACAUUAGGCAGUGAGAUUCCUAAAUGCAAUCUAAUGGCAGGCCUGAUGCUUCGCUACUACAGUGACACCCUUGGCAGGAAAGAAAAGAUGGCCAACUUAAAGCAAGUAAAAGGGCACUUUGAGAGAGCAGUUGAGUUGGAUCCUAAUGAUAUGGCAGCAAGACACGUAUUAGGAAUAGUGCACUUCAAUGUGGCUUCCAUACCGUCAGGGGUGGGAUUUCUAUUCAGCAAUGUGCCUAGCUCAACUUAUCAAGAGGCACUGAGUCACUUUGAGGCCGCUGAGAGGCUCAAUGAUGAAGGUCUCAUUCAAAACUGGCUGCUACUGGGCAAGACACACCUCAAGCUGAAGAACAAGCCAGAGGCUAAGAAAUGGCUGACCAAGGUCACUGAGAGUGGGGACAGCUCUCAAAAAGUGGUUCAUGAAUCUUUAGGUGCAACUGCUCAAGGAACUGUAUUUGGUGUUAGCCUUGGUAUGGUUCAACUGGAUGAUCUCAUGUGUACUGGGAGGGAGGAUCCUCUCUUACAAGAGGCAGCCGAAGCCAAGGAAGAGGCUGAGAAGCUACUGAAGAAGCUCUGAACAUUAAUUACGUUUCUACAGAUACACCGUUGUGCAUAAUCAUUAUACAUAAUUAUAAAACCUCAACGCAUUCUGAAUAAUAAUUAUUGUCUGUGACUUGCAUGUACAGCAAUUUUGUUUAAUUAUA